ACUUGUUCUCGUUCCUCUGGUCAAAACAUCCUGCUCCGGCUUGGGACUGAGUCGAGUAGGUCUCCCACCAGCACCUUUGCUGGAUUUUCAAGCUACCGAGGGCAAUCUCUUCCUGCCAUCCCUCAUUUUCUGCCGUUGCAUUUGGCCGCUCAUGCUAGGAAUAGGAGAGAGCGUACCUCCUGGAAGACUGCUUCCCACUUUGUCACCUGUUCCGAUAAUUAUUGCUUCGCUUCUGCCACGGAGGUAGGUGUUUGCAAGCUUCGGAUCGGAUUGGCUAACACCCUAGCAACGACAAUGGCCCAGAAUGAAAGGGGCCAUCAGCUGGUACAGCAUAUUGUACAGUUGGCAUUGAUAAUCUGCAUACAGAUGUUAUCAGAUGUGCACGCGGACGAAGCUCAACCAAGCCAAGAAUUCUCGUUUGAAGUGCUUGUCAACAAAAAUAUCAGCUCGAUGGCGAUUCGCUAUCGCCUUGGCAGUCAAACUUGCAACAAUAAUAACGCUCUGCGGUUCCCGAAAUGGAAUUGUACUGUGAGUGCGCCUAGUGGGUAUUAUCAACUCAACCAAACGGUGCACGUUGUACCCAGCUUUACGCAUUAUUGCAAGAUACGGUUACGCAAAGAGGACGCCAAGGCAAUCUGGAAGAAAGCAUUGUGUGUGAGCAACACUACCUGCCUGCUGACGUGCACAAACCAUGCCUGUUCCUCUGGGGACUGUGAUUCGACCAACACCAGUAUGUGGAAAAGUGUCAGCAUCAACAAUCUCACGCCGCACAAAUUCACCAACGACGAUACAGCGAAAGUGCAAUGCCAGCCAGAAUGCAGCUCACCGGAAUACUGUGUGGUGAACAAGACCGGCGGCGUAGCACCAUGGUCAUCAUUCUGUGCCAAGCCAUACGUUGCUGGCUAUCAUCAUGAGCCUGUACCAGGAGAGUUCAUUCACACUGUUCGGCUGGAGAAAGCCAAAGAAUCGAAUAGCAGUGCUCUGGUUAUUAAGCUGCGCAAACUGCACUCAGACUUCAACCAGGCCUAUGCUAUCAAAACAGAUAUCUCCGGAUGCAUCCUGGUGAAUAGCGACCAUAAACGUCUGACAUUUAAGCGAAACGCUAAAACCAAGAAGUUAGCAAUACCGUUGACUGCCGUGGAGUCGCGGAUGGUGAUCGAUCACAUGCAGAACUGCUCGAACACCACUAUGGCUUGCUACCUACGGUGUCCGAGUUCAUUGUUCGAAGAUGAUGACAAUGACGACAAACACCAAGUGUCCAUCAAAGCAUUUGUAGUCCGACCGAUUUGGCUGCAGCCCGCCACGCAACCCAUAGGAUCCAUCGAAAGGGCAGACAGAUUUGACGCUCCAGAACUUAAAGAUAUUCUUGUGAAGCCUCAGCCAUGGGAUUUUACACAGAGGAUGGAGGGCGGUGCCGGCAAAUCAGGAGCUGCCUUCCUGGAUGCUCGAAGUUUACUGAAAUUCAACAGCUCGUUCAAUGCAACGCUUUGCUCUGUCAGCGAUGUGUCACGUUACGUGUUCUCCCAUACGCUCAUUAUGAAUCGCAUUGAUUGGUACCCAGUCAAGUUGAACAGCACAUCUACGGCUUUUGCUGGCUACAGACUUCGCCUGAACUACAAUGACUCAGCUGUAAUAGGUAGCUGGUUUCAGGCAAACGGACGGUGCUGGGGGACGAACCUGUGCGUUAUUGACUGUGAGUUUGGAAGCAACCUGCACACAGCUCCCCAUUCACAGGCGGCAUUUGCCACGGUGCUGAAGACACCACCGCAAUCAUCAAUUGCUCCGACUGAAGCUGUCGACGACUGCAGAUACAGGUCCAGCUUCUGCCAAUCAGAGAAAACUGUGUGCCUUGGUAAUGAAACAACUUUCUACACCUGCCAGUGUAAACCGGACACGAAGAAAAGUGCCACAGGAGAGUGCCUCGAUGUCACAUGUUCUGACCCUGGUGUACCUGCACAUGGCACAAGGUCUCCUUCAUUGACUACCACAUCGUUUCUGUACGGGAACAAUGUUAGCUAUCAAUGUACUGAGGGCUUUUCUUUGAAUGGUCCUGAAACUAUCCAGUGCAAUGGGACUGGUCACUGGUCUGCUCCCGUACCCACGUGCAACAGCGUCAAAUGCCUCGACCCUGGUAUACCUUUGAAGGGCGUAAGGUCUCUAUCAUCGGAAGAGAUAGUAGUAGGGAAAACCAAAUGGUUUCCGUACAACAGUACUAUCAAAUAUCAGUGUACUACUGGAUUUUCUUUGAAUGGCUCUGGAACUAUCCAGUGUAAUGGGACUGGUCACUGGUCUGCCCCCGUACCCACGUGCAACAGUGUCACAUGUUUUCACCCUGGUGUACCUUUGAAUGGCGCAACAUCUCCUUCAUUGACUACCACAUUGUUUCCGUACAACAGUGCUAUCAAAUAUCAGUGUACUACUGGCUUUUCUUUGAAUGGCUCUGGAACUAUCCAGUGUAAUGGGACUGGUCACUGGUCUGCCCCCGUACCCACGUGCAACAAUGUCACAUGUUCUAACCCUGGUGUACCUGCACAUGGCACAAGGUCUCCUUCAUUGACUACCACAUCGUUUCUGUACGGGAACAAUGUUAGCUAUCAAUGUACUACUGGCUUUUCUUUGAAUGGUCCUGAAACUAUCCAGUGCAAUGGGACUGGUCAUUGGUCUGCUCCCGUACCCACGUGCAGCAAUGUCACAUGUUCUGACCCUGGUGUACCUAUGAACGGUGCAAGGUCUCUAUCAUCGGAAGGGAUAAUGGUAGGGAAUACCACAUUGUUUCCGUACAACAGUACUAUCAAACAUCAGUGUGCUACUAGAUUUUCUUUGAAUGGCCCUGACACUAUCCAGUGCAAUGGGACUGGUCAUUGGUCUGCUCCCGUACCCACGUGCAACACCGACGAAUGUUAUGACCCUGGUGUACCUGCACAUAGUAUAAGAUCUCCAAACAUUACCAAAUCGUUCCUGUAUGGGAACAAUGUUACCUAUCAAUGUACUGAGGGCUUUUCUUUGAAUGGCACGGACACUAUCCAGUGUAAUGGGAAUAAUGCCUGGUCUGAUCCCAUACCCAACUGCAUCAGUGUCACAUGUUCUGACCCUGGUGUACCUAUGAAUGGCGCCAGGACUCUAUCUUCGGAAGGUAAAACGGAAGAGAGUACCACAUCGUUUCCGCACAAGAGUGCUAUCAAAUAUCAGUGUACUACUGGCUUUUCUUUGAAUGGCUCUGAAACUAUCCAGUGUAAUGGGACUGGUCACUGGUCUGCUCCCGUACCCACGUGCAACAGAAGCCCAUCAACGGAUCCACCAUCAACCCUGGUACCGGGUCCAGUACCGACCACCACCUCAAUGGGUGCACAACGAGCAGCGACAAUCCGUCCGAGACAAACAACCCCGGCAAGUACGGGACAGAAAGCCUCAACAGGUACCACCCCUGCACCAAGACCGGGGACAAGUGCGGGACAGAAAGCCCCAAUGGGUACUACCCCUGCACCCGGACCGGGGACAAGUGCCGGACAGAAAGCCCCAACAGGUACUACCCCUGCACCAAGACCGGGGACAACCUCUCCACGACCACCACGGACAGCAACCAAUGCAGCAAUUUCAAGGACGCCAACUGCAAGUCCAUCUGCACAAACGUCCAGUCACCGGGCACACGUCAGUAACAGUGCUACUACAUCUCAGAGCAUGCCAGGCCGCACUACAGCCACUAGUGACGGCAGUACAUCUUCAGCUGCUAGUGGCACACCAGCCACUAACAUAACUACUUCAUCUGCGGACGGGAACACGGAAGGUGGUCGUGCUACCACACAGUCGAACUUAUCUGUUAUCAUCGCCGUGGUAACCGUCAUUGUUGUCGCCAUUCUUGCUGUGCUGGGAUUCGUUUACCUACGCUCCAAGGGUGUCGUCAACGACCUCAAAAUGGGUAAUGCCACCAAGCGCCUGUCUACUGUGAGUUUGUUUGGACGGCGCGAAAGUUCGGACGCAGCUGAUGGUUUUCCUGACUCAGCUACCCCAGCACGCUCCACAAUGGCCGUGAAGCUGGGCUUUGGGCCAAAGCGAAACGGUUUAGCUGAACUCACCAUUCUGGAAGGCAAGCAGUCCUGCAGCCGGCAGAAAUCUGACUCCUGGAGUGACAUAGGGUUCGAUGGCAGCAUGUCCAACACGUGUGCAGUUGAUAAUGGCUACGCAUUGACUUUGGGCCAGAAGACGUCAACAGGAGAGUAUGUGAUGACUAGUGAGAUGGGCAUACAUCCUCCUGGUGCUGCUGGUGCUGCUGCUGGUCUUCGUGCCGAUGGACUUUACCUGCAUAUACCCAAUAGGAAAGAUGGCAGUAUGCCGCCCGAGCAGCGCAACAACGGGGAUUGGGCAGAUGACGGUAACCACGGUGAUGCUAUAUACUGGACAGCCGCUGGUUCAGGCAGACCUGCCAACAACUGCCAGCACACACCGCGCUCACCAGCUCAGUAUGGUGCUGACAAUGGCGACGGUGCUGACUUGAGCACGUGGGCAGCAGGCGGUGAGUACGACUCGGUGGAGAACGUGCUUAAUGAAGGUGCUGACGACGGCAUGUACAGUGGUAUAGCGGCUGGCGUGCAUCCUGGGAUGAACAGCUACAUGUCGAGGUCCCCGAGCCCUGGUUACAGUGCGCCGACGGGAAUGCCUAUCGCCAACGCCUCUAUGCCGAGUAGCAUGCCUGGCUUGGAUCAGACUGCCAACAGCUACACAAAAUCCCCAUCGAGCACUGGCUAUUGUGCACCUGCGGAAAUGCCGACCACCAAUGCCUCUACGCCAAGUCCUGCAACGCGUUCGUCUUGUCCGCCCGCAGAUGCUUCCGUAAGCCCCGGCUACGCUUUGAACAUGCCACAGCAGCAACAGUACGGACAUGAUCAGUACUCCGUACCCAACCAAGCUCACUCUCAACAACAUAUAGGCAGACAGACACAUGAAUUGGGCAAUGCUGAGCAACAUGCAUUGGGCAAUGCUGAACAACAUGCAUUGGGCAAUGCUGAACAACAACCUGAGUACUCAGUGCCACACAGGCAGCAGCAGCAGCAGCAGCAAUAUCACUAUCAUACAGGUUUAGAUGCUCCACACACAGCGCACGGUGCCAUAGUCGACACAAGGUAUUCUGGAGUUUGCGUGGCAGUCACCCAACCAGAUGGCACACAGCAUUUGGCAAGGUCCCAUUCCUUCGCCCCUGGUCCACACACAGAUGGCACACAGCAUUUGGCAAGGUCCCAUUCCUUCGCCCCUGGUCCACACACAGAUGGCACACAGCAUUUGGCAAGGUCCCAUUCCUUCGCCCCUGGUCCACACACAGAUGGCACAGAGCUUUUGGCAAGGUCACAUUCCUUCGCCCCUGAUUCACACACAGAUAGCACAGAGCAUUUGGCAAGGUCCCAUUCCUUCGCCACUGGUCCACACACAGAUGGCACACAGCAUUUGGCAAGGUCCCAUUCCUUCGCCCCUGGUCCACACACAGAUGGCACACAGCAUAUGGCACGGUCACGUUCCUUUGCAACUGAUGCCCAUAGGCGCUACAUCUCCUCUACCGGCGGCGGUAUUGUAGAGACUGAUGCUGCCACUUUGGAUGCCGCCAGCUGGGCAUCACAUGGCAACAUUGUCACCGAGAUGGAAGACAAGGAGUACGAAGCCCUCACACCCCAGCAGGUGGAAGUGUUUGCCGCGCGCAACACGUCCACGCGACGUGCAUCGGCCUCUCGUCAGUCGUCUGUCCAGCCGGUUGAGAUUGAAAUACAAGAAGUAGGUGACGAGUCGUAUGAAGCGCUCACACCCGAGCAAAUGGCCACGUCUUCCGUCCGUAAUACCUCCGUAAGGCGUGGAAAGGCUUCACGUCAGGCUUCAGCUACGACGGAAGUAACUCUGCAUGGAGACAGUACAGGGGCUUCUCGUCAAGCCACUGCUGAAGCAGCUGAAGUGACUCCGCUUCAAGACAAAGAGUAUGAAGCGUUGACACCGCAACAGAUGGCCGCAUUUUCUGCACAUUCUCCCUCUACAAAGCGUGGAAAGGCUUCACGCAUGUCUGCACGCCAGGUUUCAGUUAAACCAGCUGAAGCAGUUGAAGCAGCUGAAGUUACUAUGCUUGGAGACAAAGAGUAUGAAGCGUUGACUCCGCAACAGAUGGCCGCAUUUUCUGCACAUUCUCCCUCUACAAAGCGUGGAAAGGCUUCACGCAUGUCUGCACGCCAGGUUUCAGUUAAACCAGUUGAACCAGUUGAGGCAGCUGAAGUUACUAUGCUUGGAGACAAAGAGUAUGAAGCGUUGACUCCGCAACAGAUGGCCGCUUUUUCUGCACGCGCUUCCCCUGCAAAGCGUGGAAAGGCUUCACGCAUGUCUGCACACCAGGUUUCAGUUAAACCAGCUGAAGCAGUUGAGGCAGCUGAAGUUACUAUGCUUGGAGACAAAGAGUAUGAAGCGUUGACUCCGCAACAGAUGGCCGCAUUUUCUGCACAUUCUCCCUCUACAAAGCGUGGAAAGGCUUCACGCAUGUCUGCACGCCAGGUUUCAGUUAAACCAGUUGAACCAGUUGAGGCAGCUGAAGUUACUAUGCUUGGAGACAAAGAGUAUGAAGCGUUGACUCCGCAACAGAUGGCCGCUUUUUCUGCACGCGCUUCCCCUGCAAAGCGUGGAAAGGCUUCACGCAUGUCUGCACACCAGGUUUCAGUUAAACCAGCUGAAGCAGUUGAGGCAGCUGAAGUUACUAUGCUUGGAGACAAAGAGUAUGAAGCGUUGACUCCGCAACAGAUGGCUGCAUUUUCUGCACGUGCUACCUCUACUAAGCAUGUAGCAGCCAAGCGUCAUACCGCACGCCGGGCCUCUUCCCGUCAGUAUUAGUAAAGGAUAGCAUACACGUCACCGACUGUUGGAUACUGCAGUGCGGAUACCAGCAAGCAGCUUGUAAUUGGUCCUGUGGAAUCAUGCUGCUUGGAUAGCAUUUCCAUUCUUCCCUAUGGGUAGCUGUUACCGCACCGCAGGCCAACGACGUUACUGCAUUGGCCCGACUAUCUACAAUAACAGUCACGCAGCUACAGGUUUCCUCUCUGUCAGUGAUGCGCGGUAUGUGUGUCAGCCGCAGUUUGUCAUUAGCCUGCACACUAGUCAUCUCAACCUGGUGCUCUAGAGCAUAGGCUGUGCAGGCUCAGUACCGUGACACGAGGCGGAUGGUGUGUGCUCGUGUGCGCGCCUCCGCUCGUCUAGAGCAUGGCUGCAUGCAUGCAGCAUCAACUGCAAUGCUGUUGAGUGCUCUGUCAUGACGCGGUGAAUGUAUUCAUGCCUCCUCCCAUAUCCAGAUGCAUAUUUUUUGCUUUCUUGUUGCUUGCAAGAUGCAAUGUGAGCUGUCCAUGUUAUAUCGACAGAGUUAUUAUACACCUUGAGCAAACAAAUAUGUCACUGCAUUAUUGUACAAGUAAGUACAUGUACUUCUGACUCAAGUUCAGAGUCUGACCACCAGAGAUUUAUGUUCACGACCUUUUUUCCUGCUUUGUGCAUGUGCGUGUGUGUGUGUGUGUGUGUGUGUGUGUGUGUGUGUGUGUGUGUGUGUGUGUGCGGUGUGUGUGUGUGAGAGAGUUCGUUCAUUCAAAGUGGAAUUCAUCAGGUUAUUUUCUUCUCUCAGCGACCUUGAUCUGCUCUUCUGAUAAUGAUAACUAAUGGUAGUUGCCCGUCGUUGCAUCUGGGAUUUUAUCAUUAUUUUAUAGUCAUUUCCGAAUGCCGUACAACAAUGGGCCAGAUUAGAUUUCUUUCAAUGAACAAUUGAACACAAACAUAUACUUGCAUAUACUUCAAGUAGUUAUUUAUUUACUUGUAUACUAUUAUAUUCAUGUCUAGGAUUAGCAUCACUAUCGUGCCAAGUCACAGU